AUGUUUCGUUUGUUCGUUCGAAAUGCCUCUUCACAAAAAAAGAAAAUAAUAAUUUAAUAGGUAACAAUAAAAUCCUUGGUGCUGCAUGGUAAUAAAAAAUUGUGGCAAGAGAAAGUGAUACAAUUUUUUUCUUAUUUCCAGUGUGAAACUACGUCGCAACAAAAUGUCCAAGUUUAUGCUGUUCGUUUGCAUCGUUUUGCUGGCUACGACCGUCAUUACGGCUGCUCCAAACUCAUGCGGUAGACACGGUGACCCCUGCAUUUCCACCAGAGAAUGUUGCUCGAACAUGAGAUGUCACGUGUACGCGAAGAGGUGUCAGGUACAGAUCACCGAGGAGGACUUGUUACAAGCACGCGAGAAGAUCCUCGGUCGGAAAGGGAAGGAUUAUUAAGUAAUUAAGUGCUUCAACGAUAAAUAUAUACCGAUCAAAGUUUUAUCAAUUAAUCAGAUUGACUUUGAAAAAUAUCUGACAUGUGUCUCGAAGUUAAUAAAAUAAAUCACGCGUAAAAGCACAAUUCAGUUAUAUUGUUAUAUUUUCUUCACUUUUGAAAGUGCAGUCUUGUUUGGAUUAGUUAGUUAGUUAGUAAUGUUUCAAACUGUAGAAGCCACGGAAAAAGAAUGUUUAACAAAUUUUGGGAAAAAGAUUUUUAAAUCGUGAAGAAAUAUCUUUCAAUCAGUUUACAUUAGCGACCCCCUAUUUUGUAGUUAUGAAAGAGAGUUCCAAGAGUUUGGUUAAUAUUAACAUUUAUCUAGACUUUGUAAAUUUAUGAAAUUUUUUUCUUUCAUUCAUUAGAAAAUCCAAGAAAUUGUAAUUAUGAAUAUAAUAAAAAUAUUUCGUAUUAUGAUUGAACACAAAGUUCAGAAAAUAAGGUCUUACAGUGAUUUGCGAAAGCAUUCGAACACAUAUGCAUAUGUGUUAUAUUCGUUAUGUAAAACGUUUUAAAAUUUCAUUAACAUUAUUUUGAUUACACUGAUAAAAUUCAAGACCAAUCUAAGAAUCUAUAAAUAAAUUACAAGGCACUAGUUACGAUUUCUGCAAAACAUGUGUAUAAAAUCUUGUAUUCUUGUAUAUCUUGUAAUUUCUAUAUAUAUUUUUAAUUUCAUUAUAUUUUAAUUUUCAUACAUAUUCUCAGAUUUAUUUGACCAAUGUAACCAUUACAGUUGAAUCUCACUACAAUGUUAAUAGAUAUGUUGUGUAUUACACACAACAUAUACAGAUAAAAAACUUCUUACAACAUCUGCCUUUAAAAAAUCAGUGUUUGUUUUUUAAUUUCGACAUCUACGUUCGAUCGAAUAUCUAACAAGUGAGUAAACGCGAGCCAACUCCGCGACACUCGUACCACAGCGUAUUAUAAUUUCCAUUCGGCGGAGAGGUCACGAUUAUUAAGCUGACGAUUAUUAUUAUCAGCUCGUACGAGAUUAUUGCGUUCCGUUUUUGAGGCGAGAUCGCCGUACGCACGAUAAUAUCCCCGUGGCCGAUGCUUGCCCGACGUUAUGAAAUGAAAUUCCGUCGAUUCCACGCGAAAUCGUUCGAACAACAACCGCGCGACUACUUGGAAGAUAAACAUUUUAGAAAAUUAUACGCGAUCAAGCAUGUAAUUGCACGGUGGCCGCUGGAAAAUUAAGCCGCGCGCGGCUUUCGAUUGCGUUACAUGCUAUAUUGCUCGAUCGCGUGUGUGUCGCGUCGCGUUUCGAGUUUGCUAUCGCCUUUAAAUUCGCUAUGUUCGACAACAUUAUCAUUGUUCGUUGAAAACAUGCAGUAAGGUUAGAUCUAAGCUUCAACAUUUCGAAAUAGUAUACGGAACUUCAUAUAUCACGAAUAUUUUGAUUUCAAAAUGCAAAAUUUCAG